AAUGUAUUCUUAAUCCUAAUCUUUAUAGAACCAUAUCUUCUUCUUUACUAGUACUAAUAAGUAAUAAUACUUAUUUUUCACUUCCACUUAUGUUCUUUAGCUUAUUAAUUCCUCUCGCUAGCUCCACCACCACCACUACUCACUCCUCAUAUAAUCUCGUUACUCAUUUUCGUGGAAUCACCAAAUCCACCAAAAACCACACUUCUUUGUUUUAUGUACGUAUUCUACUUUGCCAUUAUAAACAAAUUAAAAACCAAACGCUCUCUCUCACUUUUGUAAUAAUGACGGACAUCGAUUUAGAACAAGGAGGAGGAGGAGGAGGAGCUUUUGGAUAUCACCGGAGGUCGUUGGACGGAAGUGACGUGAGUGUUUAUUAUUCAGACGGGGAAGACGUGACGUCAUGCUACUCUUACUUCUAUUCGACGACUGGAGGAUCGUACGAGUACGAAGGGGGAGAUCAGUCGAGGAAAGUGUCGUCGGUGAUGAGUCCUUCUUCGGAGUUAGAUGAUGAUGAUGAUGAUGAUGCGACGGCGCCGCCGGAGAAAGAUUGUCGGAUAUGUCAUAUGGGAGUGGAAACGAGCGGUGGAGGGGCGAUAGAGUUGGGGUGUUCUUGUAAAGAAGAUUUGGCUGUUGCUCAUAGGCAAUGUGCUGAGACUUGGUUCAAGAUCAAAGGCGACAAAAUAUGCGAGAUUUGUCAAUCGGUAGCUCGGAACGUGGGCGGUGGGAACGAAAUGGUUGGGACAACAACGAUGGAAGAGAGAGAGUUAGACAGUAUUGCGGCGGGAGGAGCAACGGCGGUGGAGAACAGGUGGCAGCCACAGAGAGUGGUGAAUUUAGUGUUAGCUUGUAUGGUUUUUGGUUUCUUUAUAUCAUGGAUCUUUCAUUUCCAUGUUUCCUCUUCUUCUUGAACCCCAACUACAUAUUUUAUGGUCUUUUGCAAUCAAAUACUAUACUCACUCUACUUUAAAAGUA